CUUUGUUUCUGUUACUGGCAUAACCACACCUCACACCUGGUAUCUGUGAUGCACCAUUGCUUCUUGCAUUGUUUCACUUCUGUAUUUUGGUACUAUUUUGAGAGCUGGGUGUUACUCAAUGCUUCUGCUUGCCGCUAGCCGUGAUCACUCAGCCCUGUCAUGCCUUAACAUCUGUGCAACCGACUUCCAGCCCUAGUUCCACCUGACUUUCAGAAACCAGCCACUGUUAAAGAACAACUCUGCCAUCUAGCCAAAAAACAAUGAUAUUACAGUUUGCCUUGAGGCUGUUCAGUUAUUCACUUGACCAAAAUCUGAAGUUGUGCGGGUUGUCAAGCCAAACAUCACACUUCAUCCUGUCUGGGAAGGUGAAUUUAGGGCCUCACCUGUCAGACUCAUCUGCACUUUGAGUGGCUUCUUCCCCGGCAAAUUGGAAGUGGAAUGGCAAAGGGACAAACAGACCUUGACUAUUACUCCAACUGAAACGAAGCUGCAGAUUAUCGAGGAAGGGGAGAAAACCUUCAGUCGAAUCAGCGAUAUCGAGCCCGCGAAGAAAGAAUGGGAAAGCGGCUCAACGUUUGGAUGCAAGGCCCGACACAACAAACAGGAAAUUACAAAAACAGUAAAUAUUUGUCAAGUGUAUUCGAGUGCCGCUGUUUCCAUUGAUGUGGAGAUCCCCAGCUUCAGGACUGUAAUGAUGACAGAAUCUGCAGUGACAGCAACAUGUACCGUCCACACUCUGUUUGAUGUCAAGGUGACCUGGGUGAUGGAUAGAGGACAGCGAGGCAAAGUAACCACGAAUUCAAACGCAACUCAUAUUAUCAGUGAUGUGUCCGUUCCCUCAAGUGUGUGGAAACAACUCAAGUCUAUAACAUGUAAAGCUGAACAUAAGUGCCUCGAGUCCACUGAGAGGACUGUGAAGGUUACAGGUCCUGCAGUUACAGUUCCAUCAGUGGAGAUUAAGAGGUCCCUCCAAGAUUUGCUUGAGGGACAAAGUGCUGUGCUCGAGUGCGACAUCACCAAUCUCUCCUCCAGCGACCUCUACGUCACCUUUCAGGCAAACGAUAGAGACAUCUCUACCAGAAUGUUUGUGGACCUUCCUGUAGCCCCAGGCCUCCAUUCAAUCACCAGAAGCUUCUCCAUUCCUCAAAGUCACAGGAAGAAAGACACAACUUUCACCUGCAAAGUCCAGCAAGGCUUCUCCUCCAAGUUCACCUCAAAGUCAACUGGAAAUAUAUUUGCGGACCCUUCUGUGGAGCUUCUCCUGGUCCCCAGUGAAGAGUCCGGACCACAGCAACUCUUAUGCUCUGCAUGGGGCUUCAACCCUCAAAUUCAAUGGUUUUCUGAGUCAAAGCAACAAUCUUCAAAAAGCGACGUCACAAUGGGAGCAGACGGACGUGUGACAAUGACCAGUCAACUCAAUAUCCCCCAAACUGAGUGGAAAACAGGGAAAGUCUUCACUUGUAAAGUGUCUGACACGUCCCUGAGAGAAACUGUCCACAAGAAUGUCAGCCUCUGCUCAGUGUAUUCGAGUACCGCUGCUUCCAUUGAUGUGGAGAUCCCCAGCUUCAGGACUGUGAUGAUGACAGAAUCUGCAGUGACAGCAACAUGUACCGUCCACACUCUGUUUGAUGUCAAGGUGACCUGGGUGAUGGAUGAAGGACAGCACAGCAAAGUAACCACGAAUUCAAACGCAACUCAUAUCAUCAGUGAUGUGUCGGUUCCCUCAAGUGUGUGGAAACAACUCAAGUCUAUAACAUGUAAAGCUGAACAUAAGUGCCUCUCAUCCACUGAGAGGACUGUGAAGGUUACAGGUCCUGCAGUUACAGUUCCAUCAGUGGAGAUUAAGAGGUCCCUCCAAGAUUUGCUUGAGGGACAAAGUGCUGUGCUCGAGUGCGACAUCACCAAUCUCUCCUCCAGCGACCUCUACGUCACCUUUCAGGCAAACGAUAGAGACAUCUCUACCAGAAUGUAUGUGGACCUUCCUGAAGCCCCAGGCCUCCAUUCAAUCACCAGAAGCUUCUCCAUUCCUCAAAGUCACUGGAAGAAAGACACAACUUUCACCUGCAAAGUCCAGCAAGGCUUCUCCUCCAAGUUCACCUCAAAUUCAACUGGAAAUAUAUUUGCGGACCCUUCUGUGGAGCUUCUCCUGGUCCCCAGUGAAGAGUCCGGACCACAGAGACUCUUAUGCUCUGCAUGGGGCUUCAACCCUCAAAUUCAAUGGUUUUCUGAGUCAGAGCAACAAUCUUCAAAAAGCGAUGUCACAAUGGGAGCAGACGGACGUGUGACAAUGACCAGUCAACUCAAUAUCCCCCAAACUGAGUGGAAAACAGGGAAAGUCUUCACUUGUAAAGUGUCUGACAUGUCCCUGAGAGAAACUGUCCACAAGAAUGUCAGCCUCUGCUCAGUAACUCCAGCAUCCUCUCAGAUAGUUGGCGUAUUUGUUCAGGGACCUCCACUCAAGGAAUUCCAGAACAAGGGACAAGUGACUAUCACCUGUCUUCUUGUCGGAUCUCGUCUCAAUGAUUUCAACAUCACCUGGAAAUUGGAUGGGGACAAAUCUUCUCUGUUCCAUAAAGAGCCACCAGUGGGGCACAGCAAUGGGACAGAGACUUUGAGGAGUGUCCUCAAUGUGUCCGCAGAGGACUGGCAUGCACAUAAACAAGUGUCUUGUGAAGCAAAGCACCUAUGCUCGAGCCAGGGCUACGAGGGCCAUACAAGCAAAAGUAGAGUUUUUCAUCAACCAACAGUGAAGAUAAUACAACCAACUGCCUCUGAGCUUUCUGCGUCAGAUGACCUCCAACUUAUUUGCCUCGUCUCUGGGUUUUACCCAUCCAAUGUCAUCGUCUACUGGGAAGGGAGUGGCCAGAGACUCCCAUCAACUCGCUACACCAACAGUGCUGAGUGGACAUACACAGGGAGCGGCACUUAUUCAAUGAGCAGCCGACUGAACAUAUCCAAAACUGAAGAUAAGAGCUCUACGUAUUCAUGCUUUGUGAGACAUGAAUCAUCUGAAACGCCUUUUAAAAGCACUAUAAAGAAUGUGUUUGCUACAGUCACUCACACUGAACCUUCAGCCACCUUGCUCCAAGGCACAAACGAACUUGUGUGCCUGGUCUUCGACUUCAGCCCUGCAUCCAUUAACAUCACAUGGUUCCUUGAUGAAUCCGUGCCACUGUUGGACUACAACACUAGCGAGCCCCACGAAAGCCAGAUUGGAAAGUUCUAUGUCCGAAGCCACCUUCGUCUCCCCAAAGGCAACUGGUUACCAGGAGCAGUCGUAACCUGCAGGGUGUCCCAUGCAAACACCACCCUAUCCCUGCAUAUAUCUAAACCAGACAACUUGGAGCACUGCACCUUCUUCGAUGAAAUUAUGAAUGCUGAUGUGAAUCAAGAUAUAGAUGUUGAAAGCUGGUAUAUGGCUUUAACUUUUAUGCUUCUUUUCUUCAGUUCUGUCAUCUUUGGUGUCUCAGCUACCAUGAUUAAGACUAAAUAAUGGUGACUGCGGGACAGAUCCCAUGCAAUGGACCAAAUGUGGAUAUUGCCUGAACAGUUUCAACUUUAUCUCUUUUAAAUUCUUUUUCACUUUCUUCUUUAGUUUAUGUUUGUAUUAUCGUGGACUGCAUUUAUUUUUGAUUCUCUCUUCAAAUGUCAGCUUUGAGUUUUAAAUACCAAUAUAAUGAAAAUAUAUUCUAUUACUGGAGUUGUUCUUGUAUUUCAACAAUAAAACAAAUGAUCUACA